AUGGGAUGGGAAUGUGGGGAAGCUCGGGACGCCCGAAGCGCCGAGUCGUGCGUUGCGACGGGAGGCAGAGAGAGCAGCGGCCAUAGCCACUCCUUCCUCUGCCGCCUCCGUCUCCCGGCCGUCUUUCCGCUCCGGGGCCGGAACUCCGCCGCGGCCCGCCGGGCGCCGGGGGCACCGCCCCGCGGAGCGGCGCCGGAAGGGCGGGCGGAAGAGGCGGGCGGCGGCGCGGUGCGCACCAUGGUGGCCACCAGGCGGGCGACGCGGCGGCGGGAGGCGGGGACGGCGGCAGCCGGGGGUGACGGACCCGGCGGCGCGACGGAGACUGUAUCUGCUGAAAUUGGUACUUCAGUAUCUACGAGGAUGUCCAGAAGGAGUAAAGCAGUUUGUAAACCUGCUGUAAUUCGGGAAUCUCAGCUGGAAGAGGUGGACCAUGCAGGAACAAAACCAGAUGUCAGUGAUAGCACAGAGAUGCAGAUUAGUAGAAAUGAGAAUACAGCUGUUCAUUCAGCACAAUCAUCUGCCGAUCCACAGGCUGAUGGAGAUGUGUCAGAGGCAGAAUCAAACUGUUCUGCUGUGUCUGGUCUUCAGACACCUCUGUUUAUAAGAGUAACGAGAAGGCGACAAAUUGUAGUUCCUUAUCAACCAGCUUCCCCUUCGAAAAAAAGACAUAACAGGACUGCUUUUCUAAAUGAGUUAAGCAGAACUGUGGAUGAAGAUGAUGUCUCUGAAGCUGAGUCUUGCUCCUCUGCUGUUUCUGAUGUCCGGAUGCCUAAUUCUACCAAAACUACGAGAAAUAGGCAAAGCAGGAAGAAGUUGCAGUCAGAUCUUGUUUGUGAAGCCCAGAGUGAAGAUAUCUCUGAUGCAGAGUCAUGCUGUUUUCAUCAGGAGCCGUCCAUUACUGCCAAACGAACUACUAGGAGCAUGCAAAUGAAACUGCAAGCAGAAAAUACUCAGCAUGCUGAGAAAGUAAACAAAAUUGUUUCAAAACCUCAGAAUGUAAUUGAGGACACAAUUAAAUCUGAGUCAGACCUAAUUUCUGACUCUAGCUCUGCUGCAGGAUUUAACAUAGAAGUUGCUUCCUUUGUCACUGAGUGUAAUAAAGAAUCUGGUUCACCUAAGAGCGAAUGUUCUCCCAAGUCUGCUAAUGUAAUCCCUAAUGAAGGUGUGAAACAGAACUUUUUGAAUGAUAUGGCACCUAGUAGUCCUGAAAAAAUGGGAAAAAAAAGUACUGAAUCACCAGUAAAAAAAGCUUUAACAGAUACUCUGGUUGUUGAGGUAGAUGAUUCAGAGGAAGAAAGUGGCCAGAUGCAGGAAGAGCACAGUAAAGUACCAGGGAAGGUGACAUUGAAGAUUAUGGAUGUUUGUUUGAUGGACUGCAUGAGUCCCAAAGUGUUUUUAGAAUCCCCAGGGGAAAUAAUACCAAAUGAAAAUGAAGCAGUGCCAGGAAACAGAAGAGUAGAUGCUGAGGCAGCUGUUGAGAGAACUUCCACCCACACCUGUGAAUUAAGAAAGGGUGAACAGUCUAGAGGAGCAAGCAGCCCAGGGAAGGAUGUGUCUGUUGCACAAAUGACUGAUAGCAUAAUUAGUAGCUGUAGAAUGGUUGGAAUCAGUGUAGACAGCAGUGAAGACCAACAAGACCAAACAAGAGAAUGUGCUGAAUUUGUAUCCCGCAGCAGUGAAAGAUCCAGUGAUGAAAAUGAUUCCUUUGCAUUGUUACUGAGCAAAGAUGGAAGCGGUGAAUCUGAGAACUGUGAUGCGACAGAAGAGAAUCUGAGUGACACAGAGGCAGAAGAGAGGACUCCUUCCGUGAACAAAUCUUUAGAAAAGAAUUCACUGCAUGUUGAAGGCCUUUUUGUAAUUGAUACUGAGCCUGGCAUGGGUUCCAGCCGAAAGUAUUACCUGGAUCAGGUAGAGCAAGGUAGUGAUGUUGAAAGUAAGCAUGAAGGGAGUGAAAAAGUUGAAGAAUCCUCAGAUCUAGAGGAGGCUGAAGAGGAACUAAUAGAUGAAGAUGAGAAAGAUGAAGAUGAUGACUUGUUGAAAAAUAAAAUUGAUGUUUUGCAUCUUUCCAGCAGCAUAGACCCUGGUUUGAAUAUCAGGAAGCUUGGAGGUUUAUAUAUUAGCUUUGAUGGAAAAAAACAAAAACCUAGUACAAGUGUAAUUAAGCAACUGAAGGAGAAAAAGAAGGACCAGCUCUUGCAGAAGAGUAUAAUAACUCCAGAUUUUGAAAGAAAGGAAUGUGUCCCACCCCUCAGGGAGUCGCUUCAGCAGCUAAAGAAACAACGCAGAGCAGAGCGAGAGAAGACAACAGGUGACGGCUGGUUUGGUAUGAAAGCCCCAGAAAUCACAAGUGAACUGAAAAAUGAUCUUAAGGUGUUGAAGAUGAGAGCUGCUUUGGAUCCCAAACAUUUUUAUAAGAAGAAUGAUAGAGAUGGUCUGCCCAAAUACUUCCAGGUUGGAACUGUGCUUGAUUCUCCCAUAGACUUUUACCACAGUCGGAUUCCUAAGAAACAGAGGAAGAAAACAAUUGUUGAAGAGCUGCUUGCAGAUUCUGAGUUUAGAAGAUAUAAUAAAAGGAAGUAUCAGGAGAUCAUGAGUGAAAAAGCAGCUUAUGCAGCAGGGAAGAAGAAUCGGAAGAAGAAGAAAUUUCACAAUUAAGACUUGAAGAAAAAUAACAAGCUGGAACCACUUAUUUGUCAUAAAUCUUUUCUCAGAUUGCUUUGA